UUUUCCAUAAAUGAAUUGGCGAGUCUGUGACUGGUCCUUAGAAUUUCAAUCAUCGCAAUUUGAAUCGUGAUAUCUAGUGUAGUUCGCGUUUGAUCAAUUUUUUCACGUGGUGAAUAUUUUGUGAGCUUUAAUUUGUGUGGGUAAAAAAUGUCGGGAGAUACACCAGUUCCUCCACCUGUAUUAUGGGCACAACGAAAGGAAGACAUUUUACUUACAUUUAGCGUCGAAUCCAAAGACCCAGCUAUUAAAAUAGAAAAAGACUCUGUUUAUUUUAAAGGCAUUAAUGUCCCAGAUAAAAAGGUCCACGAGGUAACAAUUCCAUUAUUCGAUGCCGUGGUUCCUGAAAACAGCGGCUUUGAAAAUAAAGGUCGCUGUAUAGAAAUGGUGCUGCGAAAAGAAAAGAAGGAUGCUCCUUAUUGGCCUUCAUUAACGAAAGACAAGAAAAAACCACAUUACCUUAAAAUAGACUUUAACAAAUGGAAAGAUGAAGAUGACGAAAACGAGGAUGGCGGUGGUAACGCUCAUGAUAUUGAGGAAAUGCUGCGGUCAAUGGGUGGCGGCGCCGGCGAUAAAGGCGAUAAGCCCUCAUUUGACGAUCUAGAAAGCGAUUCAGAUGAUGAAAACCUGCCUGAUCUUGAAUGAGAACUAUUGUAGUGCUAAUGAUUAUGUUUAAAUAUUCAGUACAUUAU